GCUCUGAACAUGACGUUGGGAUGCCUUCACUGCGCUUGAUCAUCACAAUUCUCCAUGGGAGUGCUUCCAUCCUGGGAUACCAUUAAAUACCACAGAACACAGCAAACCCAGAGGCCCGCUAACCAACACAGUAAUGGAUGUAUAAUUCCAUUUGGCUUGAGCAUUAUAGCCACUGAGUGCAAAACUAGCUGCAUUGAUGGACUGCUGUCGAGGGCUGGGGAUUGCCCUGGCACCAGUACCCUAAUGGGUUACACUCAGCGUAAAUUAAUCAAGAUCCUAGUAACUGAAAUAGAUCCGGUGUAAUAGCUGUGGAAUCAGAAAGAAGGGAUGCAUCUGUGUGCAGGGAUUGCCAGAGCUGACCCUGACCCUGAAGGAAGGAGGAGAUGCCGUCAGUUUCUACAGUGAUAAACACUUUCACCAUUUUGUUCCGAUACAGCCGUGGCACCAGCAGUGUGGCGUUCAUGUCUCUCGUUCCCGUAAGAGGCUGGGCAGCAGUGAUUCUGUAGAGGAAACAGGAAGCCAGCAGUAAUACAAACUGAGAAUUCUGAAUAGGUUCUUUAGACACACUAACUGUAACACAGUUUUUUAUAACACAGCAUUAAAGCUUUACCGGCACACGAGUAACCUGCCAUUUUAAAUGUUAUUGUGAUAAACGAAUGUCUUGUUUAUAAUGGAAAAUGAAACCUUUUCUAGAUGGUUUGUAAAGGGAUCGAAACUAAAGCGUGAGGUGUUUUUUUUUGCAUUGCUCGCUAGGCACUGGAAGGUGUAGAUAACACUGGAAGCAUGCUGUUUAUUAAACCAGCUCAUGUUCAGACACUUCACUUCCAAUCACUGACUCAAAUACUAACUUUCUUUAACAUCCCUCACUUUAUUUUUCCUUUGAUCAGUGUUGAGAAUCUAAUUGGAUACCCCAGCAGUCUAUUUAGGAGAUCUGGCCAGAGUGAAAGGUUUGUAUCUUCCGGCACCAUCACUAUCAAGUGCAAAGAUCUUCGCAUUCUGCAGCUGGACAUCCCUGGCAUGGAAGAAUGUUUAAACAUAGCUAGCUCCAUUGAGACCCUCUCGUCCCUGGAGUCUGUGACUGAGAUGUACCCUUUCUUCUACAGACCCCUGAAUUUACACCUGCAGGAAUGGGGUUUGCAUACCCCUGAGCGGGACUUCGACCAGAUAGCUUCACAUACAGACCGCUGGAGACUGAGCUGUGUGAAUAAGGAUUUCUCGGUGUGCCCCACCUACCCCACGGCCGUCAUUGUCCCCAGAUCCAUUGAGGACGAGACACUGAAGAAAGCAGCAAAGUUCAGGCAGGGAGGAAGGUUCCCAGUGCUCAGUUACUAUCACAGAAACAAUGGCAUGGUGAUCAUGCGCAGCAGCCAGCCCCUGGUCGGAGCUCACAGAAGACGCUGUAAGGAGGAUGAGCUCCUGCUGCAGGCUGUGCUGGGUGGAUCUGACCUCGGCUACAUCGUCGACACGCGCUCCGCACAGCUGGCGAAGCAAGCCACGCUGAUCGGUGGUGGCAGCGAGUCCAAAUCGAACUACAUUAACUGGAAGAGACUUCACCGAAACCUGGAGAGAGGCAAAGUGCUGCAGGAGAGCUUGAUUAAGCUCGUGGAAGCCUGUAACGACCAGUCCAACAACAUGGACCGCUGGCUGAGCAAACUGGAGAACUCAAAGUGGCUGUCUCACGUCAACUCUGCACUGAUCACUGCAGGGCUGGUAGCUGAGUGCGUGGAGAGGGAGGGGCGCUCGGUGCUGGUGCACGGCUCCGAGGGCACAGACACCACGCUGCUGGUCACCUCCCUGGCACGGCUCAUCCUUGACCCUGAGUGCAGGACGAUCUCCGGCUUCCAAGCGCUCAUUGACAGGGAGUGGAUACAGGCCGGGCACCCCUUCCAGCUGCGGUCUGCCCACUCUGCCUUCUCCCACGCCCGACUCCGCCAUGAAGCGCCCGUGUUCCUGCUCUUCCUGGAUUGCUGCUGGCAGCUCUCCCGCCAGUUCCCGCUGUCGCUGCAGUUCAACGAGGCCCUGCUCACCCGCCUCUCCCAGGAGGUCUACGCAUCCAACUUCGGCACCUUCCUGUGCAACAACGACAAGGAGCGGUGUGCUUUCAGAGUGAAGGAGAAGACUAACUCUCUGUGGGCCUGGAUCAACAGGCCCUGUGAGCUGGGCAGGUACACCAACCCCCUCUAUGAGUGCAACAGCCUGGCGAUCUGGCCCUCUGUGAACCCACAGAGCCUCCAGCUGUGGCAAGGCUUGUUCUUCAGGUGGAGCCACUCCACACAGCAUCUGGACGAGGCAUGGGAGGAAAUCAGUCUCAUUGUGAGUGAGCACAAGGCAAAGGGCAAUACAGACAGCACGCUUCCAGGAGGGUCAAACUCACAAGCCCCUGCGGGAAUCAGUUCGAUCUGUGAGCCUUGCUGUUAACCUCUGAACCUCCGGUGACCCAGCGGACUGUCUGUCCAGAACCAAGCACCGAUGCAAUGUGAGGUCACCAUCGACAUUCUGCACCACGCUGUGUACAGGCGAAUGACAGUAUGUAUUGGUUUCAAAAGGACCAAGUGCAGUGGCACCAUCUGGAAUAACCCUGUUCUUUCAGAAUUCCUCUUCAGGAGAAUGUGAAAUGAAAAUUGUUCUGCCUGCUCUGAACAUGUGUAACAAAUAGAAUUUCUGCAAAUAUACCCAAUGGUAGCUCCAUUAAAGGUGAAACAAAUGUCAUUAUAUUUGUUUGUGCCUGUCACUUGCAGACAUGCUACAGACCCUUGUCCUAAACCGUGAAAAGCUUUGAUAAGGGUUUAAUUAACACCUGUUGCAUAUAUUGUAAAGCUGUCUCCACACAAGACAUCUUUGCAAAUGAGAAUUCAGUUUCCCAUGGGCUCUUAUUGCUUGAAAAAACACAGACUGAAACUUUAGUAAAUUGCUUUUUUUUCAAUUGUGAUGAUGCUGCUUUUUUUGGUUUCUGCAAAGCCCACAGGAUGAUUAAAAAAAAAAAAAUACUGUACUGACUUAACUUGCGCUCGUCAGGUUUAAAUGAAACAGAAUUUUAAAAUGACUCUGUCAAGGAGAGAGCGUGGUUUACACAGUACCAUUAUGCCCUGCAUCCAAUGGAUCAAUGUAUAACUUCACGACUGGGAUUUAGGGACACAAAUGUUAUUUUCCGCUCUGUUUGCUCGCUGUGAUUAAUUGUCCUGCGAUGCAGCUAUUUCUAUUAAAGGGUGUGACGUAGGCUGCUGUGUCGGCUUGACACAGCCAUGCAUUCCAGCUUCAUCUGCUCUGCGGGGGCUCUACAGGAAUAAAGAAUAGUCUGCAAGUGGCCCCGUUCGUUUUAUUCACUGACAGUACCAGUGACGUCUUUGGACUAUAAACCCGUCACUAGGUCUCUGCUCUUGCAGAAACACUGUGCAAAAAUACUGUUGGAAACUUUUAUAAGGGAAUCAUGUUGUCGGCAUAACAGAACAUGAAAGAUCUUGUAGCUGCUUCUAGUAAUACAAGAUGGGUUUAGUCAGACACGAGCCACUGAGGUGUCUUCCAAACCAUGUUUAUAUGUUUUACUGUACAUGGCAGGGUGGGUUUAAAGUCACGGUCACUGCUGCUGUGGUAAAAUAUAGUUCAACACAUCUUAAAUCCUUAUUUACUGUAAUUCUAUAUUUAAUGGAUUAAAUGUGUAAAGAGUUGUAUGCAGGUUAAACACACACACACACAUAUAUAUAUAUAUAUAUAUAUAUAUAUAUAUAUAUAUAUAUAUAUAUGUAUAUAGUCAAUGAAAAACUAGACUUGAUUUAGUAUUUACAGUCAUCUUUUAUAUUUUGCGUCUGUGUUUUUGUAAUUUACAAUUUUGGGGUAGUAAUGACAGAUGCACGCCCCUAGCAAUCAUUUCUACAACCGCCUCACUGAUUAAGCUUUAAGGAGUCUUUUCAGAAGAAGCCCACAUGGUUGAAAAUGGACAUUGCAAGUAAGCCUGGUAAAACUGACUGAUGGCAUAUUUGGUUCUAAAUGCUGUUUUUUGCACUGGUUGCUAAUUUAAUGUACUGCGCUGCCCUGACCUCAGAACUCUGACUGCUCUUGGUCGUAUGUAUCUUUGUUGUUAGUUUUAUGCACUGUAUUGUAACAUGUUAGUGUAUUUGUUGGCUGAUGUUACACAUCUGAAUGUUAAAAUAAAUGCCUUCCUGCUGCAGGAAGUCCUUGUAAGCAAUG